UGGUCGUCUCAUUGAUGAUUGUAAUCGGCCAGGCGGCGCCUAAAUCUUUAUUGUUUUCAAACAGUAAACACGUGGUCGACGAGGUUGUAAACAAAACGGAGAAGCGUGCUAGACAGUUUACUUUUCCUGAUGAUUCGACUAGCCAAGGUACUUUUAUUCAUAAUGGACAAGAAUACGAAAUACAAACGUCGCAAGUCACCGGUAGGUAUCCUGAUGCGUUGACAGAGAGCGGCAAUCGUCGUCUAUCCAUCCUUCCUCUAUUGAAAGGAAUGCAGGUUGGUCUGGACUUCAGAAUGCCAUUUUUUAAUAUACCAUUUGGUAAUCUAUUAAGUUUGACUCGUCCCAGCGAUUCAUCAAGCAAUCUCUUAGGCUUUGGGUUAGAUAGAAGAGCAUUAUCUUCAUUGGCUGCCAUAAUUGUCACUUCUUUACUCUUCUUCCCCAAAGUUUUAGGUGCUAUUGGAUUUGGCAGUGAAAAUAAAGAAUUAUUUAGAGAGAAUGGACAGACAGAUGAUUACCUUGUUAAAAAUGUUAAUAAAGUUUUAUCUGACUUCAACAUUGAUGGUGAUUCCUGCAUACAGACUGCUUUAUGUACAAUUGGCACUGCUCAACGUCAGAGACAGAAAACAAGAAGUACAGGAACAACCACCCAUAUUGAUGUGAUUGAAACAUUGCUGAAUUUAUCAUCAGUUAAGGAUACCUUAAAUAAAACUGGUUGGAGACAAGCUAGAGAGUAUGGUUUUAAUGAUGGUGAUUGUGAUACUUACAAUCCCUAUAAUAAAUGUCCAUUGAAAGCUACAGACUGGAGUCAUCUGCUAACAAAUGUUGGUAAAGUGUUGUAAAUUAAUGAGAAUCAAAUUUAAAGAAAUCAUGAACUUCGGCAGGUCCAUGUUCAUUAUUAUAUAAAAAUAUUUUUUUAAAUUAUAUAUUGACAC